CUAAAGGGUAGCUCUCUCUCAACUCCAUCAUCAACUUCAUCAACCCCGGAUAGAUAUAUUUUAAAUCCGCCGCCAGCGAUACCUCCCAUUGUCACAGAAGCCAUCGGUCUCGUCGAUUACUCAUUCACACUUCACCUCUACCACAUAGAUCAUGGAUCACCGUCCGCAAGCUUGGGGCCGUCCCAGAGACGACGUUUACGGCGCUUACGAUGCCUCAUUCAUGAGUGACAACGGUCCCAAGCAAAACACCCAGCAGCCUAUCGUUACUGGUACUUCUGUCAUCGCCGUCAAGUUCAAGGAUGGUGUUGUCAUUGCUGCCGAUAACCUGGCUUCAUACGGCUCUCUCGCUCGUUUCACAGAUGUCAAGCGACUCCGCCCCUUCGCCGACUCGUCAGUUGUAGGCUUCAGCGGUGACAUCUCCGACAUGCAGUAUCUCGACCGCCACCUCAUCGAGCUUUCUCUCGACGAGGCCUACACCUCCCCCGAUGCUCCCCGUCUCAACGCCGCAAACCUUCAUCGCUAUCUCGCAAAGCUUCUCUACCGCCGCCGUUCCAAAUUCGACCCCCUUUGGAACCAUAUCCUUGUUGUUGGUCUCGACGAUGACGACAAGCCUUUCCUCGCUGCUGCCGACCUCCUCGGCAGCACCUACAGUGCUCCCAGUCUGGCCACCGGCUUUGGUGCCAUGCUGGCCCAGCCUAUCAUGCGUCGUCAUGUCCCCGACGAAGAGGCCUCUCAGAACCUUGACAAGGAGGGCGCCAUCAACAUUAUCAAGGAGUGCAUGAAGGUCCUAUACUAUCGUGACGCUCGCAGUCUGGAUUCCUACUCAAUGGCUGUUGUUACCAAGGAGGGUGUGGAGAUCAACGAGGGUCUCCAGCUGGAAGCUCAGAGCUGGGCCUUCGCAGAGAGGAUUCGAGGAUAUGGCACUCAAACUGUCUAGGCUAUUAGGAUUUGUUAAUGGGAAGUACAUAGUGUGGCAAAGACUCGUCACAAACGUACUUGACUAGAGAGGUUGCGCAAUGAUUCGAGCAAGAGACUUGAUCUCAUGUUACAUUAGAAAGGCUUGGCCCAAAUUACAUUCAUGAUGAUGACAAUGU